AUGAAUGCAUCUGGCCGGGGCACUGUUACGCUUCGUUGCCUAAGACGUUUCGCUCUCUUCCCACGCUAUUCUUCUACUUCUCGCUCUUCUCCUUCGCAACCGAUCCUCCUUUCAAACCCAGCUUCACCAAAAUACCCCGAACUCGCCCGUGAACCCAAAGUAAUAGCAACUUACCCGCUGUCUUCUCUCAACACAAUUGACCCAUACCUUGAUUGGGAAGGCCAAGUCUUUGAUAAACCAUUUCCCGCUUACAAACCACCCGAUGUAUCUCUAUCCGAAAACGAAACAGAAAUGCUAUCUACAAUUUCAUCGCUUACUCCCAACGAGAUCCAAUCAAUGAAGAGAAAGGCGCUUGUGGUCAAGCGAGUGGUUAAUCAAACAGGGAGAGGGAAGAUACCAUCGAUAUUGUUAAAGUAUUUCGAGAGAUAUGAUGACAGGACUGUUUACCAUGACAUUGAGUAUAAGUUUGGAGGAACUAGGCUUAGAUUAUUUGCUCGACCACCUGGCUUUGGUAUAAGGACUAAUCAUUACAUACAUGAAGUCUGUUCUUGCCUCGGUUAUUCUGAUAUUGCGGGUAAAGUUCUGGGAUCUCGUAAUCCGAUGAACGUAAUCAAGGCUACCUUUGAAGCAUUUCUAUCACAACGGCUGCCGCGGGAUAUCGCAACACAAAGAGGGAAGAGGCUGAUGGACGUGCAUCAUGUCUAUUAUGGAGCUGAUUGA